UGGGACCGGAAAGAAGUCGGAGGGAUGUGGAGCGGGGAGCAAGGGACGGGCGCUUCCGGUUGUUCACUUCCGCUUCCGGCUCUUAGAACCCAGUCCGACCCCGGCUCCGCCCUCGAGCGAGGAGGUUGUGGCGUCUGCUGGUUCCAGGCGUUUCGAGCUCCAGACAGGAUGAUCGAGGUUGUUUGCAACGACCGUCUAGGGAAGAAGGUCCGCGUUAAGUGCAACACGGAUGACACCAUCGGGGACCUUAAGAAGCUGAUCGCAGCCCAAACUGGCACCCGUUGGAACAAGAUCGUCCUGAAGAAGUGGUACACGAUUUUUAAGGACCAUGUGUCUCUGGGGGACUAUGAAAUCCACGAUGGGAUGAACCUGGAGCUUUAUUACCAAUAGAGGAGAAUUCCUUCCCCCUGCUGUACCCCGCCUUGUCUUCCCUUACCCUUUUUUCUUCCCCUCUCUUCCUCCUCCCCCCAACCCCUCCUCUCCCAUCGUCACCCCCACAUGGAUAUGGAUACUUGUUUUUAAAAACUCAUGUUAAUAAAAUCCUAGAAGUUGC